UCAGCAGUGUGGGCACCUGAGCUCAGGCAGGAAGCAUCGCUGGGGAGUUUGGACUGUCUCUACAUCCUGACACGGAACAUUUACAGGCCAUGACCCGAAUAUCUUCACCUGUGUUUGUCCUGCUUAUUGUAACGCUCCAGCUUGUCACCGGGGUGACGCCACAUUCUGGAGGCAGACUGAUAAGAAAAAGAAGAGAAUGGGUCGUCCCUCCAAAACCUCUGAAAGAAAACGAAGACUACACUCAGUGGCAAUCGAUUGCCAGGAUUCGAUCAGAUUUCCAAACAGGAUCCAAUGUGGAAUAUUCCCUAGCGGGUAUCGGUGCAAGUGAGUUUCCCUACCACGUGUUUGUGGUGGACCGGUUUACCGGAGAAGUUAGCGUCACCAAAAUCCUUGACAGGGAGUACAUCGACACGUACAACCUGUCGGGAAUCGCCAGGUUUACUGACGGCAGCCUGGCAGAGAGAAGCAUCGACUUACGGAUCAAGGUUGUGGAUGAGAAUGACAACCCUCCAGUGUUUGGAAAAAUGGAGCCUGUGGAUGUGAAUGAACUCAUUCCUUUAGGCGCUCAUGUGAUGAAUGUCACUGCAACUGAUGCUGAUGAACCAGGGAACAUAAAUUCGAUGAUCGCCUACAGCAUCGUUGAUCACAACCCACCUGACGGCAUGUUUGGUAUAGAAAAGAACGGCACAAUCUUCCUGAAGAAGUUUCCACUGGACAGAGAGACACAAGACAAGUACGUUCUGACAGUGAAAGGUCAGGACUUAAAUGGCGGAGCUCGUGGAAACAUUGGAACUGGAUCUGUUACCAUCAUGGUCCGCGACGCAAACGACAACCUUCCCACGCUGGAAAAACAAGAGUAUGAAGGAAAUGUCAUGGAGAACACCCAUGGUGUUGAGGUGAUGAGGCUCAAAGCUCUGGACAAAGACGUGGAGGGCUCCGAGAACUGGGAUGCUGUGUUUGAAAUCGUCAAAGGCAAUGAGGCUGGAUACUUCAGUAUCCAUACAGAUCCCAAAACCAAUGAGGGCGUCCUGAUGCUAGAAAAGCCCAUGGAUCAUGAGGAUGUGGCGAACCUGGACCUCGGGAUCGCAGUUAAGAACAAGUCUCCAUAUAUGGGAUCUGGAACAAACGGUGGUGCUAACAUCGGUUUUGGAGGAGGUUCUGGCGGAGGAGGUUCUGGCGGAGGAGGUUCUGGCGGAGGAGGUUCUGGCGGAGGUGGUUCUGGCGGAGGUGGUUCUGGCGGAGGUGGUUCUGGCGGAGGUGGUUCUGGCGGAGGCGGUGGAGCCAGCGGUGCCAGCGGUGCCAGUGGAGCCAGCGGAUCACCAUAUAAUACUUAUUCCGUCAAAAUCAAUGUGGAGAAUGAACCAGAAGGAGCACAUUUCGAUCCCGCGGUCAAAGCCAUUCCCAUCUCAGAAGGAGAUAACUCCAUCAACUUAAAAGAACCUGUUGGCAUCUACCCUGCAAUCGAUGGAGACACUGGGAAACCAGCUAAGAACGUCAGGUAUGCCAAGGGCCUUGACCCCGGUAACUGGCUCACCAUCGACCCAGAGACAGCUGAGGUCAGACUGAACCAGAUGCCUGACAGGGAAUCUCCGUUCCUCGUCAAUGGCACAUAUUUUGCCGAAGUUCUUUGCAUCUCAGACGAUAUGCCAGCUAAAGUAACCACUGGUACCGUAGCCAUCCAGGUGGAGGAUUUUAAUGACCACUGCCCUACCCUGACCACUGACAGGACGACUAUGUGUACCACGGUGGACGGUGUUAUUGUCAACGCUUAUGAUGAAGAUGCCUACCCUAAUGGAGCUCCUUUUGUGUUUAACAUCGUUCCUGAAGGCACUGAGGGAAAAUGGCAAACCCAGCACUUAAAUGACACUGCUACUAUUCUGAGGUCUGAGGAGCCUCUGUGGCCAGGUAUCUAUAAGGUGGAGGUGGAGGUGAAAGACCAGCAGAAACUGAACUGCCCAGAGCCACAGAAGAUUGAGAUCCAAGUUUGUACCUGUGAGGAUGGAGUGGUGUGUGGAAGACGAGGCGCCAGUGGUCAGGUUGAAAAAGGAGCAGAACUAGGACCUGCAGGCAUCGGACUUCUGCUGCUGGGCCUGUUGAUGCUACUGCUGAUUCCUCUUUUGCUGCUUUUCUGCCAAUGUGGAGGUGCUGCAAGUUUUCCAGAUAUGUUCAGUGAGAUCCCCUUUGAUACUAAAUCUCAUCUCAUACAGUACCACACGGAGGCUCAAGGAGACAACGCGGAGGUGCCAUUGAUCAACGUCCCACAAGAGAUCAUUGGCAAGGGACAGCAACAGGUUGUAAAGGGACCUAUGCAAGGUUGGGAAAUGCAGCAAUCGCAGAGUCCAGGUUGGGGAAUGCAGCAGUCGCAGAUUUCCGUGAAUGAGAUGCGAAUGGACCAAAGUGGAGCCUGGGGGAUGGACGGGAUGGGCAACGGGAGUGGCUUCAUCUCUGGGUUUGAGGGCAGAGAAUCAGCGAGAGGUGGAGAAGAUAUGUUCGAUGGCAUGGCUCUCUCCCACGCCUUUCUGGGACAGUACUACAAUGAGGCGACCAGCAGAAAUGCAGGCGAUGAAGUGAAGGACAGUCUGCUGAUUUACAACAGUGACGGGGAGUUCUCCACUGCUGGCUCAGUGGGAUGCUGCAGCCUUCUGGAGUCUGACAAUGACCUGGGCUUCCUGGAUGACCUUGGACCAAAGUUCAAGACUCUAGCUGAGAUAUGCGGGGGCAAAAAGAUCUCCAAUGAGCUGAAACAAGAGUUCACUUCUGUCCGCAGCCCUCUUGUAUCGAGUGCUCAGACAGCAGAGUCCAGUUUGAUAACUGCCCGACAGUCCUAUCCACCCAAGCUGCAGUCAGCCGUCGCCAAAGCAGAGCAGACCGUGGUCAGUGACAUCACUGACAGUUCCCAAGUGAUGAGGGAAAGCAUCACUGAGGGUUCCCAAGUGAUGAGGGAAAGCCGGGCUGCGGUGAGGGAAGAGAUGACCUCAGUGAAUUCACAAGUGGGAAAUCAAAGCCAGACGCUCCUCCUGCAGCAGCAGCAGCAGCCGGUUUACUACACAACCACCCCUAUGUUUCAGCCAGUCCACUGUGUCGUCCAGCCACAGUUUCAGAACACCAUGAUAUUGUCUCAGGCACCGUCCACCAGCCUUCAAGAAGUGGUCCUGGUUAACAGCGCUGAAGCUGGACCUUCCCAAGGAGUUAUCUAUCAGGGUCAGUCAAUGAUGACCAGCGGACAAAGCCAGGGUCCCGGCAUGGUGUUGGUGGAGAACAAUGGCAUCCAGGGAAGUCAUGCUAACCUGAUCCACACGGGAAACUUCUCAGGUUCCCAGGCCAUGCUUGUUUUGGAUGGCAACGUCCCAUCAGGGACAAUGAAAGUGGUUCAGGAAGUCCCAGCUGGCCUCAUUCAUGACGGCACUUUACAGCGAGGAACGCUACCAGGGUCUCAGAAGGUCCUGAUGGUUGGAGAGUCAACAAGCACCAGAGGGCAGCAGGGUCAGGUGGUCAGGGGUGUCCUUCAGGAGGGUGUCCUUCAGGGGGGUGUCCUUCAGGGGGGCGUCCUUCAGGGGGGUGUCCUGCAGAAGAGUGAGGUUUCUGGCUUCCAAAAGGUCCACAGCAGAAAGAAGAGCCCACAUGCAUCUCAGAAAAGCAGCUCUUCCACCACAGUUAACUCCACCGUCCGCAAAGUUGUGAGGCAGGAGACGAGCGAAAUUCACUGACUUUAAGUGCUGACCUUCUCCAGAUUCAGUGAAUAUUCCAGGCUGUUUCUGAUGGUGAUGGGAAGUUUAUGAGACAUUCAAGACACAUUUUGGUGGUUGAGUUUCAGCGGCAUGGAGAAAUCACCUGGUCAAAAUUUUCAUUGGUGUAAAUAUUUGAAGUAAUUAGCAUAAACAAUAGUAUCACCUUGAGUUUAAAAUGAAACAAAUGUUCUUUUCAAUAUUUUAAGUCAUAUUUAUGGAGAAAUUUUAUCCAAACUUAAAGAUGUUUUGGAACCGUGAGAACGCAAUACUAAUGGGGUGUCUAUGCGACCGAUGGAAAUGGCAACUUUGAAGUACAGAACAGUAUGAUUGUGUUUAGAUUAGGACAUUUACCUGGACAGAGCAGUAUGCUGGACAAUGCUCCCAAACUCCUAGCAACAGGUUUAGCAGUCAUGACUACGCUUUGCUCAGACUUUUACUUCAGAUAACCCUCUUUUUUGUUCAUCUGAAACAAUUGAAGAUGGAACAGGAUUUGGCUUAAGAUUUUGGUGAAAUGUGUCAUUGUUAACUUCAUGGCUUUAGAAAUCCUGUUAAUUUAUUCAUAGCUACUUUACAGGAAUAGAAAUCUACUCUGCAUACCAAUUAACAUGAUCGAUAAACAGGAAAGUGGGCACAUUAACGGAUCACAUGUUACUAAUAGCAAGCUGUUUUUGUUUUUUAUAUGAUCUUAUCAAGCCAUUGUGUUCUUACUUUGGCGUCUUUCUUUUUAUGUACAUACAGCAAAAUGUUUGUAAUAAAAUGUGUUAAUGCACCUUCAAA